AUGGCAAGAGAAGUGAUUGAGGGUCUUGAACCACACACAGAUUUAAAACAUCUACAAAUAUCUAGGUAUAAUGGUACCACUUCACCAACUUGGCUUGCCAAAAAUAUCUCAGUUACCUCGUUGCAGACGCUUCAUCUUGAUGAUUGUGGAGGAUGGAGAAUACUUCCAUCUAUGGGAAGUCUUCCAUUUCUUACAAAGCUGAAGUUGAGCAACAUGUGGGAAGUAACAGAAGUAUUGGUUCCUUCACUAGAGGAGCUAAUUUUACUCAACAUGCCUAAGUUAGUGAGAUGCUCAAGCACUUCUGUGGGGGCUCUGAACUCUAGCUUACGAGGACUGCAGAUUGAGGAUUGUGAAGCAUUGAAGGAGUUUGAUCUGUUUGAGAACGAUGAUAAUUCUGAAAUCACUCAGGGAUCAUGGCUGCCUGGUCUUAGGACUUUGAUUCUGAAAUAUUGCCCUCAUUUGGAAGUGUUGAAGCCUCUUCCACCUUCAACUACCUUUUCUAAGUUACUCAUCAGAGCAGUUUCAAGAUUUCCGUAUAUGGAGGUAUCAUCGGGUGAAAAGUUAAAAAUUGGGAAUAUUGAUGAGUACAUGGGCUAUGAUAUUGAUGAAUCUUGUGAUGAGUUGAGGAUACUGGAUGACAAAACUUUGGCGUUCCAUAAUCUUAGGAACCUCAAAUCGAUGGCGAUAUAUGGUUGCAGAAAUCUAAGGUCUUUUUCGUUCAAAGGUUUUAGUCAUCUUGUCUCUUUGUCAAGUUUGGAGAUGACAGAGUGUGAACAGCUUCUCUCUUCAGAUGUGACGCCAGAGUAUACCCUUGAAGAUGUGACGGCUGUGAACUGCAAUGCUUUCCCAUCUCUUAAAAGUCUCAGUAUUGAGUCAUGUGGAAUAGCGGGGAAGUGGCUAUCGCUGAUGCUGCAACAUGCGCCUUACCUAGAGGAAUUGAGUAUAGAUGGUUGCACACAUAUAACAACAGUACUGUUACCAAUGGAAGAGGAAGAAAACAGUCUAUUAACAACAGUACUAUCACCAGGAAAUCCAGAUGAGGCAUUGAACUGGUUACUAUAUGACUUAUAUCGAAACGGACUCCUGCACAUUCCAUCAAAUCUCGUCUCCUCUCUCAAGAAUAUGACUAUUUAUGAGUGCCCUCUUCUAUCAUUCAACUGGGUUAAUGGCUGCUUAUCUGGAUUCACCUCCCUUGAGAAGCUAUCCAUUGCAGACUACCACAAUCUAUUCUCGUCGGGAGGUGAUGAUUUGACUAACGGAAGAUGGCUCCUCCCGACAUCACUUCAGGAACUAAACAUCGAGUUGUUCUGUUGCCAAGAAACGCUGCAGCUCUGCUUCCCUAGAGAUAUCACCAGCCUUAAAAAGUUAAAUGUAUGUGACAGCCCAGGUUUGCAAUCUCUACAGCUGCACUCAUGCACGGCACUGGAGGAAUUGAAAAUUUUCGGCUGCGGAUCGCUCACCGUCACUGUACUAGAGGGCAUACAACCCCUUGGUAGCCUCGGGCGUUUGAAUGUAUCAGACUGUCCUGGCUUGCCACCAUGUUUGGAGAGCUUUUCAACGCUGUGCCCUCGGCUGGAAAGGCUUUGCAUCGAUGAUCCAUCUGUCCUUACCACGUCAUUCUGCAAGCACCUCACAUCGAUGAUCCAUCUGUCCUUACAACUUGAUUUCUUGACAGUGACUAGACUAACAGAUGAGCAAGAGCAAGCGCUUGUGCUGCUCAAAUCCCUGCAAAAGCUCGAAUUCAUUUGGUGUUCUGCUCUAGUAGAUCUUCCUGAGGGGCUGCACACCCUUCCUUCCCUCAAGAGAUUGGAGAUAAACCAGUGUGGACGCAUCACAAGGCUGCCAGAAGCAGGCCUCCCACAUUCGCUGGAAGAACUGGAAAUCCGGUCUUGCAGCCAGGAGCUAGAUGAUGAAUGCAGGCGGCUAGCAACAAGCAAACUGAAAGUCAAGAUUGAUUGGACGUAUGUGAAUUAA